AUGGAGGCCCUCAAAAACCUCAUCGCCAACGUGCCAGACUGGCUCCGCAAGCUCGACGAGCUAAAUGGCCAGAUCGAACAACGCCAACUCGAGCUUGCUAAGCUGACCGAGGGAAGCGAGACGAAUUCACCGGGCCACACCGGGCCUAAGUCCGUGCGAAACAAAGGGUCUACCGAAUCACUCAGGCCACGCGAUGAACCCGAAGCACACCCCAAUGACCCACUGCCACAAUCCAAUGCCGACAUAGCGGCUGAGCGGGCGGCUGCGGCCGCCGCUGGCGCCGCGGCUGCUAAGGCCAGCACUGAACAGCCAUCACCACCCAGCCCGUCUGGCUCGCAAUCUCCAUCCGCCCUGCAACGACAAACAAGCCAGAUGCGCGCGGCCGGCCAGGCACGGGCCCGCGCCGCGCUUCGCAAGCGGCAACGCACUAGUUCGGUCCUGAGCGCUGAAGGCGCGCCGCCAACAUAUCGGACACGUAGUAUGAUCAUAGUUUACUAUGACAGCUAUGUGCAAAUGUUCUUUGAGGAGCUCGUCAAAUUUGUCAGUGCUGGACGCAAUAUGAUGAGAAAGGCCAAGAUGGCGGCCAAGGUUGCGCAGAUCAAGCGGCUAGCCGAAUUAGAAUCGCCCGAAGACGAAGACGACAACCCCCUUGGGCCAACGACACUAUCACCAGACAACAACAACAACACCGCUGCCCCAACGUCCUCAUCUCCUAAAGCCACCGAACCAGAGAGUCUCGAGCCCGCACUUCCAUUCGUGAGCACCCGCCGCAUGGCGGGCGGGCCUCGCGCCACACGCGGCAACAUGUAUUUACGAGCGAGCGGGUCCCGGAUGAUUCGCGGGCCAGGUGGCCCAAGUCCUUCCCUCGGGCCGGAUGGCAAGCCGGCCCCGGCGGAUGUAUACGACACGUUAGACAAGGGCUUGGAGUACGUGCAAAGCAUGUGCGAGCAAGGCGCGCAUCAAUUCUUACGCGACGGCGACUGCGGCGAGGAAAUCCUCAACAUCAAGCGACGGCUAGGCGAAACCAAGGAACUCGCCGACAAGGAGAUGGAGCGGGUUAAGAAGGAAGAGCCCGAGGCACUUCUAAAAAUAGGGGGAGACGAUGGUAUGCGUGGGAGGAGCUAUCGCCCGCAGAGCAUGCGUAAGGACGCAGCUAAGCCGGCGGCUGCGGCUGCUGCUACUGCCGCCGCUGCCACUGGACUACUAGAAGUGGAUGAUGGUACGGAUGAUGUUAAUGGCGAUGCGCUGCCCAAGUUGGAGUGGAGGAGCACGAGGAUGAUGCGGUGA